AUGCUAUCUAAGAUAUUUGGCAGCGGUUGGCGUGUUAUCGCGACCUUGAACACUAUCGUUGUCUUUAUUUUCACCAUUUUCGGCACUGUCCUUAUUUAUCGUGGCGUCUCUGUAUCCGGCGGUAUCGAUAGAAACUUCGUCUUCUUCCAUGGAAAAUGUGGCAAGGCAAAGUCAGUCAAUACGUGGCUGCAUCUCUUACUCAACGCCUGCUCCACGGGCGUACUAGCCUCCUCCAACUUUUUCAUGCAGGUCCUCAGUUCUCCGACAAGGUCCGAAAUUGAUAAAGCACAUGGAGCAAAUCGGGCCCUCAAAAUUGGUGUCCAGUCACUACGAAACGUCUUCUGGACUUCAAAGAUCAAGUUCGUAUACUGGAUCCUUUUCUUUGUCAGCUCUUUUCCUCUUCAUCUUUUCUUUAACUCUGCUAUCUUUGCAACCGAGAACUUGGGGACUGACUGGCAUCUCACUAUAUCGUCCGAGGCUUUCGUCAAUGGUGCGCAGUACUUCGGGUCCGGGGCAGCACUAUGGCCUCCCAGAGGUGAGACUGACUGGGAAGGAUAUGGGUUGCCUCGAAACGUGAGCGAAUACUUUGACCCGUCUAGUAAUGCAUCGAAGAAGAUAGAGGCUGCAUCUCAAUAUGCCAGGUCCUGGAAGAAGCUCAAGACCAGAGAUUGCAUCUGGCAGUACGUCUACUGUAACCCGCGCGUUACCUUUGCCAAUGUGGUGAUGGUUGUUGAGUCUCAGAACAAGACUUCUGUUGAGUCUCAGAACAAGACUUCCAUAUUGGAGGAUGGGGAGGGAUGGAACCGAACCACACUUUUCAAGCCAUUCAACUCUACCACUGAUAAGUCUUUUUGGGAUAUGCAUGUCCCUGCUAAUGAGAGCAACUCCCUUUGGUUUGCUGCUGAUUGCAAAACCAGUGUCAGCUCCGAUCAGAGACCGAUUGGUAAAUGUAGCCAAACGUGUGGUCGAGCGGUCGGAUUCUGGAAGAAUGAGUCUAUGUCGACACGGCUUGGAAGUCUACCAUCGGAUUACACAUUUGAGUUUUCCCCCUACGCUUCGUCCUACAUGGCCGACGAAGCUGCAACAAAUCUGACUCUCAAAUACUGCUUGGUCGACGAACUAUCUCAAAAGUGCAAAGUCGCCAUCUCUAAUCAACUCCUCAUCAUCGUUGUUGCCUCAAUUGCCGUCAAGGGAGUCCUUUGUCUCGCGGUUCUAUUCACGUUACCGAAAGAACAGCCUCUGGUUGUGUUGGGCGAUGCUAUCCAAUCAUUUAUCCGUUCUCCAGACCAAAGCACAAUUGGGCGGUGCCUCAUGGACAGGGACCUUGAAGAGGACAUGGGCGCUGGUUGCGCAUUUGCAAUGACCGCUGCACCAACGCGUCAAAGCUGGUUGUCAGCCAUCGAUCGACAGACCUGGGCCCGAAGCUACGGAAUGUUGUCUAUGGAUAUUAUUCUCCUCGCCGGGGGGUUCAUCGCAGCAAACCUAAGGACCCCUCUGGCCGGACAAAGCUUGCUCCAAAGCAUGAGCAACGGAAUACUGUCGAUCUCUCCGGCGUCAGCAGUCAAUUUUAUCGACUGUGUUUUGAGAGCUAACCUGCCACAACUUCUUCUUUCCAUCACUUACUUCAUAUACAAUAACAUCUACACUCACCUGUGCGCUGAAAAAGAGUGGAACUCGUAUGGAGGAGGUUUUCGCCCUCUUCGGGUAUCCCAGCCCAAAGGCCAACAGCGGACGGCAUACCGAUUACAGCUACCAUAUCGAUACAGUGUUCCCUUGAUCAUUGUUAGCAUCUUCACGCACUGGCUGGUGUCAAAUGCUUUCUAUAUCUUUGUAGCGGAAGGAGAUUACUACGAGUGGAGCCAGCAAAUUGAUGAACCUGAACAGCGUAGAAAAGGUGUCUCGGAGACUGGUUUGAGUAUAGAUGCUUAUGUUGGUAUCGGUUACUCAACUCUUACGAUCCUCAUACUCUUUAUUACGAUGAUCGUCCUGCCCAUUAUUCCCACCCUAGUGGGGCAAAGAAAGGUCAAGACUGCGAUGCCUCUAGCAGGAGCUAGCUCUGUUGUUAUAUCCGCAGCAUGUCACGUUCCAGUUCUAGAAGAAAACAGUGGCACUCAUCCUGGCAGUGGUGUGCAAAAGAGCUUACGGCUCAAGUCAAGACUGGUAGAGGAUGAUGGGGACUCAGCCUAUGAGAUGAUCAAUUUGCGAGGUUCGACUGACGAUCUUGAACCUCUUAUUUCAAUAAACAAUGCUGGAGCAGGAAAUGUGACAGAGGAGGUAUCUCACGGGGCCAGGUCUGAGGAAGUCCCAAUUCUAGAAGCCCAAGAUUACCUGCGCGAGGUCGCACGGAACCCAGUCCGGUGGGGAGCCGUCAAGGUACCACCCUCUUGGGCUGGGCCCUCUGCCGAGCUCAGCGACAGGAGCAUUGCAGUUGGUCACCUGAGUUUCGGAACUGAACUUCAUAAUGUUCAGGAGCCGGUCGCGGGACAAUGGUAUGCCUAA